AUGUCUUCUGUUCCCUUUUGCUGCGCCUUCUCGGCCGCGCACCAAAUGGGACCGUGCCCAUGCGUUACACGUUGCACACAAAAGGGUCGUUGCCGCGACAUUGUACCAGUCUGGCGCCCGCGUCUUCGUAGGGCAGACACCGGGAAGAAGUCUGCCCCACUUCCCUCCCAUGCGUGCCGCACACUGGCUUCCGGCGCAUCAUCCCUGACGCCGUUGUGGACCCACAUAGUGUGGGGGUUCAGGCUGAAGUUUGAAGUGGUCCGGAAGAAGGCAAGGUUGCCUGAGACUGUGGUAUCUGCUGACAGCACGCAAACUACGUGGAGUGAGCGCCAUGCCACAAGAGGUGUCGGCCCAGACAGGGUGAUCGCCCGUAUGGAACCUUGA